UCCCGUGGUUGUGACUGGCCCGUAGAUCCGAGUCUAGCCCUUCCCUUCGCUGGUCGGGGCAUUUCGCGAGUCCGACGAGCUGGGAGCAAGGCGCUGCUGCGAUGGCGAAGGCAAAGGAGGCUCUCCUGUGGACCGUUUUGCUUGCUUUCUGCGUACAAGUCCUGAACGCCGAAAAUCGAGAACCUCAGGUGCAGGUGUACACUCGUUUUCCUGUGGAGGUUGGCAAGGAGAACACCUUGCAUUGCUAUGCUGAUAAGUUCCACCCUCCCAAAAUCAACAUCACAAUCCUGAAGAACGACCAGCCAAUGGCGAUUGAAAAAAACGACCUUUCUUUUCACAACGACUGGUCUUUCCAUCUGCUGGCCUAUACCAAGGAAGUUAUAGAUGGGAAGAGUACGUAUAACUGCAAGGUGGAACACGAAACCUUAAAGGAACCCAAAAUUGUCAAAUUUGAUCUGGACUACUGAACAGACUUCCUCAGGCAAAGAAGAAUGGAAGACCUUUGCCGUUUAAGAUGACUUCCAGUCACGCAAUCCUUGUUCCUGUGCUGUUCUUGCUUUGAAAUGACUUGGAAACAAUUUUUGUGUGUGUAUCUGAAUAUUGAAUUAAGUCUGCCGGGUGUCUCCUGAGAUCUGUGACUGUGCCGAUCUGGAGGUUUUGAGGCUUUUGGAUUUAGAAGGGCUGUCAUCUAGAUAAGGAAGUGUCAGUCAAAAUAAUUUUAUGAGUUAGAGCCAAGAAGUUAAUCAAUUAAACCUGCAUAAAUUAGUGCCGAAACAAAUGUUCUAGUUUACAGCAGAAACAAAUGUUUUAGAUUACAGAUUAUUCCCAUUCAUGUUUCAGGAGGUACCUUCUUGGAAGAGGCAUUCUUUUGUACAUGAGAGAAGAGCACACAUCUAUUAGAGGAUGCUUGCUACUCCCUCAGCAGCUCCCUGGCUGCAGGAAUGCUCCAUUUGGGGACCAAAGCAGCCCCAAGCAAAGCGUGAGAGCAUUCCUGCAGCUAGCGCUAUGACGACACUCCUGGAAGUGAUGUCAUUGUGCCCCCUGGGAGUGUGCCCGCUGUGGGCUUGCCCAGGAGGUAUUUUGCCUCCCAGGCCCAUGAUGGCUGACUUGGAGCUUUUGAUUACGCAUCUCCAGAGCAAGCACAAAACUGAAGAGCACCCUGAAAAAGAGAGUUACUAUUUUAUUUUACUGUUUAUUACGACAUGCAACAAUUCUGCAAUUUGAAUUUUAAUUGUAAUUCAGCUUUGCAUAUUUUUUGUUUGACAUUCAUUCAUCAGCCUCUUACGGAAGUGUGUUUGUGUUUUAUGGGUGAAGGGAACGGCUCUGAGAAGAUGUAUAUGUCGGCUACAAACCAUUUUCUUAUCCAGCAUCUCUGAAAUGUAAUUGUAAAGAUCAUUGCCCUCUCACAAUAAAGCACAUAUACUGAUCUUUUAUA